AUGUCAGCUUAUGAGAAACUAGUAUCAAGCCUUUCACCUAGUGAUAUCUUAUCCAAAUGGCCAGAGGUUACUCCAUUAAAGAAAAUAUCAGGUAUCCCAAGAUCAGCUGAUUCAGAAAGUUCAAACAACAGUUCCCAAUCUGAAUUAUUUGAUGGUCAUGAUGAGGAACAAAUUAGAUUAAUGGAAGAAUUAUGUAUUGUUUUAGAUUAUGAUGAUAAACCUGUUGGAGCUGGUACUAAAAAAUUAUGUCAUAUUAUGGAUAAUAUCAAUGAUGGAUUAUUACAUCGUGCAUUUUCUGUGUUUUUAUUUAAUGAAGAUGGGAAAUUAUUAUUACAACAAAGAGCUGAUGAAAAAAUCACUUUCCCAUCCAUGUGGACUAAUACUUGUUGUUCUCAUCCAUUAUGUGUUCCAAGUGAAUUGGGUGUUGCUGGUGAAACCAAGGAUGUAAAUAAUUUGGAUAAUGCUAUCUAUGGGGCCAAAGUAGCUGCACAAAGAAAAUUGGAUCAUGAAUUGGGUAUUCCAAUCAGUGAUACUCCAUUGGAUCAAUUCACUUAUUUAACUAGAAUUCAUUAUAAAUCUGCUAGUGGAGAUGAAAGUUCUAAAUGGGGUGAACAUGAAAUUGACUAUAUUUUGAUAUUGAAAGCAAAAAAUGACAUAACUAUUAAUGCAAAUUAUAACGAAGUUAAAGAUUUUAAAUAUGUUGAUGCUAAAGAAUUAAAAGAAAUGUUUGAAGAUGAAAAUUUGGUUUUCACUCCAUGGUUCAAAUUAAUUUGUCAAUCUUUCUUAUUCAAAUGGUGGAACAAUUUAAGUGAUUUAGAAAAAUUCCAAGAUACUGAAAUCCAUAGAUUACUUUAG